CGGCACUGUUACUUGUUGACAUGUUGUACCAUCAGUCAGGAACACGCAGCCUGGAGGGAUAGGUUGGUGAAUAGUCGAAGGCAGCAGUAGAACCUGUUGGCAGCAUGAGUAAGAACAUUUCCAGAGUGUGCAUUCUGAGUAGUGCAGUGGUGCUUGGUGCCUUGGUCAUUUUCGCCAUCAUACUUGCCGCCACAUUGGGUGGCGAAGAAGCUGCAUCUGGUGCCGACAUACUCGACAUUGUCCCCCUCAUAGACGGACAUAAUGAUCUGCCGUUCAACUUAAGGACCCUGAACCACAACUUUCUGAAGAACUUCACCUUCGAAGACUUGAAAAAUGAUCCGGUCUGGUGGAAUUGUAGCACCUGCUUUACCGACCUGAAGAGACUGCUUGCUGGCAAACUGGGCGCCCAGUUCUGGGUGGCCUACGUCCCCUGCAAGUCGCAAUACAAAGACGCCGUGGAGCAGACCCUAGAACAGAUAGAUGUCAUCAAGAGGCUGAUCCAGAAGUAUCCAGACCACUUGCAAUUGGUCACCACAGCAGAUGGUAUUUGGGAAGCUUUUAGAAAGAAGAAAAUUGGAAGUCUUAUAGGGGUGGAGGGCGGUCAUUCAAUAGACAGCCGAUUGGCAGUUCUGAGGCAGAUGUAUGACCUCGGAGUUCGGUACCUCACCCUAACACACGCGUGCAACACUCCGUGGGCACGAGCUUCGCCUGUGGAUAACGUGUCUUUAACUUCUGAUCUGAACAAGGAACAUCACGGCGGUUUGACAGAGUUUGGAAAGACUGUUGUACUAGAGAUGAACCGCCUGGGAAUGUUGGUAGACCUGUCGCAUGUGUCCCACCAAACCAUGAUUGAUGCUAUUAGCAUAACAAAAUCUCCAGUCAUAUUUUCUCACUCAUCAGCAUAUGCAUUAUGCAACCAUCACCGCAACGUGCAUGAUGAUGUUCUUGUUAUGACGGCCAAAAAUGGCGGCGUUGUGAUGGUGAACUUCUACUCGGAAUUUGUCCAGUGCAAUACAACGAGAAAUGCUACAGUGGAUGACGUUAUAGCCCACAUCAACCACAUCCGAAAAGUAGCUGGUGUGAACCAUGUUGGCAUAGGUUCUGACUACGAUGGAGUUGACAGCAUGCCAGUAGGACUAGAAGAUGUGUCCAAGUAUCCCCACCUAUUUGAACGCCUGGCACAAACUAAUGAACCAAGAUGGAGCACUGAAGACCUUAAGAAACUAGCAGGACUCAACCUAAUAAGGGUCUUCAAGGAAGUUGAAUUGGUGAGAGACAAACUAGCGAAGACAAUGCAUGAACCACACCAUGAAGAUCUGCUUCCCGUCAAAGACCUGGGUUCAAACACAGACUGCCGUACAAAUCUGAAUGCUACAUCAUAAGUAAUAAUGUUACACACAUACAGCAUCUCUUUCACAAAUGGAAAAGCUACUACUUGAGAAUACACUACAUACUCUUCAUGACAAUGAAGUUAUCAAAUUUUGGUUACUGAAAAGAUGAAAAAUGAGAUACUGGUUAAUCAGUUAAAAAGUAUUAAAAUACCUAAAGGACUACACUAGCCUACACCUGGCUUUGUUUGGAGAUCUACAUUAUUCUGAAUGGGUGACUACAAGCCAUUCUCUUAUUUUAGAUCUGGGAAAAGAACACUUCUCUUCUUUCAGGUGCUGUGCUCAAUUUUUUUGCCACAACCUGGAGAUAUGAGAUGCAUGUAGCCCUGAAAUUUAAAUUUAGGUUAACACCUCCCAGCAAGAUACGCCUGCCACUUUUGCAAUGAAUAUUUUCAGUGCUGAGGAAGUACACCAAAAAGUCAUUGCCUUAUUUUAUUUUGAUGCACUUCUUUAGUUUUUUUAUUUUUACACCAACUGCAAGAAAUUAAUUUAUGCCAAAUCUUUUCUAUAUAGGCCUAUAACAGCAAAAACAAACAAACUGCAAAGGAACACCAAUUUUCCAGUCCAUCAUGAAGAAAGUGUAUGUUUAGCUAAACACAAUUCUGAGAAUGAAGCAGUAAAAUUGUAUACCUAAAUCUGCCACACAUGUUAUCAAACCUCACUUCUGACUUCCACAAGACUGUCAUUAUUCAGAUAGUAAGGCUUUGUUUUUUAGCCAUUCAGCAUGCAGUUCCAUAUUUAUACUUCAUUUUGAAUGAGUAAUUUCACCUACAGCCUAUUUAUGAACCGCAAGGACUAUUAAUUUUAAGACUAUAUCCUGCCCAGUAAGAAAAGCAAUGGAUAUUUCAUUACCUGCAUGAGUUGCACCAAUACUGAGGAAAAAUUAAUCAAUAUCAUGUUAUACUGAAGCAAAGCAACCUCAAAAAUCAGUCUCACACACUUGCAAUACCUCACUUACAAAAGGAACAGUGAUUCCAGCACUAUAGCAAAUCUUACCACAUAAUUUUCUUCAAUGACAUUAUUACAGCAGGGGCUAGGAAAUUACAACUUGCAAAUAAACUGACAAAUGAGGUUAGUAAGGAUCAAGAAUUACACUUAUCACUGUAUCAAAGAGGUCUGAGUAACAGUUCAAAGGCCACCAGGAAGUAUUCAUAAUCUCCAGUAAGCCCUCGUACUUAAAUACUUAUGCAGUCCUAUUUUGAGAACAAACUUAUUUACUUAGCAAAAUUUUUCCUACUUUUGCCUUCAGCUGCAUCCACAGAACUGAUCUUGCUAUACCUGUCCUAUGUGUUACUACAGAAAUUAUAACUUUGCUAAGUUAUAGUGUGUGCACUCCUGUUUUACAACACUGUCAUAUAACUUACCAAUUCACUGAUUGAAAAAAAUUCUACACUUACGCCUUAAAAUUUUGGCAUAUAACAACAAUACUGUGUAAACAUUUCUUCACUCCUGCCAUAGAUCAAAUCAAUUUUCUGUGUAGAAGUUGGUACACACAGGCCUUAAAAAAUGUUUCUGAGAACUUAUCAUCAUCCUUUCCCAUAUUAGGCCACUAGGCCUGUUACGGUCUUGUAUUUUCCGUCCAUCUCUUCUGAGGUCAGCCAAGAGAUCUUUUCACAGCAGGGCGGUAUUUCAAAAUUACCUUUGGGAAUCUACUGUUGGAAUCUACUAAUCUAAUCUAUCCACAUAAUUUGCCCAAUUUUGUUGAUAUUGCCAAAUGUAGUUCAUUACAGGUUCCAUCUGAAGUUCUGUCAUAAUGUCCUCAUUUCUCAUGUGGUCAAGUUUGGUGUAUCCCAUAGUUCUUCUCAUGAAUCUCAUUUCGCAAGCUGUUAUUCUGCCAAUAUCCUGUUUUUUUUAAAGUUCACGCUUCGCUUCCAUAUGAGAGGACAGGUCUCGCGAGAAUGUUGUAGAGGCGUAAGCGGGUAUGUUUCUGAACAUGUGAGGGCUUGAAGACAUUACUGGUAAUACCCAUUGUUUUCGUGUGUUUAUUAAUUUUUUGUGAAAGUACAAACUUAAGAGAUCCAAGUAUAGUCUGGCUUUACCAACAGCGCCUCAACAAAAUACUUGCACAAAAAUCAGCUGGUGGAAACAUCGAAGAGGAAUUGCAGUGCCUUCAAAAUAUAAACUUAUAAACAAUCUAUGUAAAAGUAUGUAUUAAUACAUUCCUGCCUUCAUUUGUUGUUAUAGCCAUAAUAAAUUUUCUAUAGACAUUUA